UCUGAGUAGCGACACGUCACCAUACGUCAAGUUACGUCACUACCGCACCUGCGCAGCCAUUUUGAACCUCUAGCAAGCAACGGACAUAGAAAGGCAGAAAAAAGGAGUCUGUUAGAACAGUUUAACUUGGCGAAACAAGGAUAUGUCCGCUAGAAUCGAGUAUAUAUGAAGCAAUAAAGGUCGAAUACAGUGGAACGACAAAGAGACAGAAACCAAGACGGUAAACAGCCAUCUAAGUGCCUCGGAUACCCGGACCUACAAGUCAUCUUUUUUGACCGGAGUAGGAAGGAAGAGUCAAGUCGCCGACAGAAAAACACAUCCAGAGUGAAACCAUGAAUCCUGAAUACGACUAUCUUUUCAAGCUCUUGCUCAUUGGAGACUCUGGAGUAGGAAAGUCCUGUCUUCUGCUGCGUUUUGCUGAUGACACCUACACAGAGAGCUACAUCAGCACCAUUGGAGUGGACUUUAAGAUCCGCACUAUUGAACUGGAUGGAAAGACCAUUAAACUGCAGAUUUGGGACACUGCAGGUCAAGAGAGGUUUCGCACCAUCACUUCUAGUUACUACCGUGGAGCCCAUGGCAUCAUAGUUGUAUAUGAUGUGACAGAUCAGGAGUCCUAUAACAAUGUCAAGCAGUGGCUUCAGGAAAUUGACCGCUAUGCCAGUGAAAAUGUUAACAAGCUUCUGGUGGGCAACAAGUGUGACUUGACCACUAAGAAAGUAGUGGACUACACAACAGCCAAGGAGUUUGCUGACUCUUUGGCCAUCCCCUUUCUGGAGACGAGCGCCAAGAACGCCACCAACGUAGAGCAGGCUUUCAUGACCAUGGCCGCGGAGAUCAAGAAACGCAUGGGCCCUGGGGCCACAGCUGGUGGCGACAAGCCCAACUUAAAAAUUGAGAGCACUCCUGUCAGGCAGUCUGGAGGGGGCUGCUGUUAAAGGCUUCCUCAUUCCCAUUGUCCCGACCUUCGCCUCCACUUUCUUCCCCUACUGUAUUCCCUUCUAUUAUGUCAGCCAUCCCACGCCUCACCUUCCUCCAUAACACCCUGUAACUCACACCCAUUUCCCUCUCUAUCAGCCUGCCUGGAGAUCCAGGGAUUGUUGGCCAAUGCUCAAAAACAGAAGUAAGCUGUAAGAAUGUUAAGAUCAGCACUUUGCGAGGGUUAAUUCGGGCUGAUACACCCACCAAACAACUGAGAGGAUGGCAACCAGUGUGUGAGGGAGGGAUGGAAACAGACACCAAGGCAACUUUUACUUUUUGCCAAGAGGACAGAGAGAAAACAGAUAUGGAGGAAGAUUGGUAUUGAUUUUAGAGUGUAAUGGAGGCAGUGUGAGAUUAGGUUUAGAUACCAGUGAGCUUAUCACUACACACACACACACACACACACACACACACACGUACACGUACACAUACACAUUGUAAUGGGUUGGCAGAGGUUAAAGAGAUUUAAGCCUUUUGGCUAAACACUAAACACAUCAGGCUGAGUCUGUUUUUGCUGAUCUCAUCUUAUGGCAAACUCCACACCUCGCCCCAGCUCCAGACUUAUUUAUCUGCACACACACACACACACAGGUGAAGUGUGCUUGAGUCACACUGUAGAUGCUCAUUACACAGUAGGAAGUGUUUCUGAAUAGCAACAACCUGCUAGUAGUGACUCAUCAUUGCCAUUUAUUGAUGAAGAUCCAGGGAAUUACCCUCCAGUGAGCCUCCUCUCCCUCUGUCUAUCCUCCUCCUCGGCUUCCACUCUCACUCUCUUAAGGUGUGUUCAGACAGAAAGCAAAGGGAAUAUUUUGCAUUAUGUCAUUCACAUGAGUUUUACCCCAAACAGUCAAUGUACAAGCUGUAUUGACAAUAGCUUUAAGCUAGCUAGAAAUGGAUGCACUGACAGUUUGUGUGUAAAAGUGUUCAACUCUGACUGAUCUCAGAACCCAAAGUUUGUAUUUCCCUCCAGUCUCUCUCCUUAUUCCUCCUGUCUCUGUUUGAUUGUCAUGCAGAUUGUAAAGGCCAAGGAUAAGUUAACAUUUUCUGAUCAAUUUGUGCAGGCAUGUCUUCGGCUGUCCUGGGCUAUUCAUGCUCCCUCAAGUCUUUCCGUCGACUCUGUAUACAGUUUUGCAAGCUCUGAAAUUCACUUUGUGUUCUAUCUGAACACACUGUUAUGGCCUCAGUAUGCUUCAAACAUGCAAGGAGGCACUUUAUGCAGAUUAGAGAAGUAGAUGUGUGAAGAAUGAAAGGAAAGAGUUUGCUUUCGCAUGUAGCCAGUUGCUGCUUAAAGUGACAUGAUUGUCAGACUCAAGUCACCACAGUUGUCAGAUGCUGUUCCUUCCUCAUUACCACCAUGAAGCAUACUGAAGCCUUUUGUGCCUGGUCAUAUCAGAAAGUGGCAAAGCAAAAAAGCUGUAUUUUUCAUUCUCACGAAACAGACUUGGUACAUUAGUGACUACUUGUGGAGCUAGUUGGCAAGCUACUAGGAUUGGAGGGCCAAGAUCUAACCACUUACAGUUAGCAAUCCAGCUAGCUCAGUCACUAAUGUAAAGUUAACUCAGAUUUCUCAAGGUAUGACUACCACUGUACCAUCAACUCCUGGAUGGUAUGACACAACUAACAUAUGGAUUGGUCCAUUUUGGGCUCUUGACUCUUUGUUCCCAUAAAAGUCAGAACUCCCUAGAUGGUAUGUGAUUGGUCAGUGCAUGUCCAUGUGUCAAAAAAAUAAUUGAAGUUGAACUAUGGAGGAGCAUUAUUAAGACUUAGGUUCAAUUGAAAUAAGUUGAUUUAGCUCAAAAUGUCAUUGUUUUAAAUUCUGCCGUCACCAGGCCCCUUGUCUGAACCGAUAAUCAGGCGAAAGACACAUUGUAGUUAGUUUUGAUGUAAGUAUUCACUAGAGGAUUUUUUGACUAAACUCCUGGUUUAGUCUGGUCAGCAGAUUCCACAUGUAGACAUCAGGGCUGGGAUGGAGGAGGCGGUUGUGAGAACUGCAAUAUAUGUGUUAGUUAUUUUUUUUGUUUUGUUUUUAGUCUUCAAAUUUCAUAUGUAAAAUGAAGUGACAAAAAGCUGUAAUAUUUAGCAUGGUGAUGUCUUGGAAUGACAAUAAAUGUUACAGUCAAACAGCACAUGACACUGAACACAGGUGACAAGGCAUGACAAAAGUGAUAGGGGAGUGACUCAGACGAACAGAAGCAAAUGGCAAUAUCCAGCAUUGGUCUUAUUGUUACUGUUUUAUUGUUCUUGUGGUUUUAUUGGGUUUUUUUUUUCUCCUCGAUACUUCUAAUAGAGACAACUUGUACAAUUAGCUUAACUCUCAUGUUCAGUACGUGACAGGUAGGUUUUAGUCUUGCUUGUUUGCAGAUGAAACUGAGGCAGAGAUGUGGUGUGGAUGUGUCUGUUGGCUGGAGGGGGUGGGGUUUUACAAAAGCUGCUGUUCCUUCCCUGAGAUCACCCUGUUUGUCAAACGUAGUUGUGUCCCAGUUAGACACUUGAGUCACACCUGUCUUUUGUGUCCCCAUAUUUCUGGUUCCUUCAGUGUUCCAGUUUGUGCCAAUCCUUUUUUUUUUUUUACAUUUGAGUCCUUUACAAUAAUCACAAAGGUCUCGGUAUACAAACUAUUCUACAUUAUUGGAGACAUGUCCAAAAUUCUGUGAACACAUGGACAAUAACAGAUUCAUUGAUUCAUUCAUCCUUAAUGACCUGUAACACUUUUUCAAAGUUUACUUGUAUUUGAGCAUGAGAUUUAUUUCAUUUCAUUUUUGGCUUCAAAAUAAUUUGAACUCAAGGUCCAUUUUCACAGCCUUCACUGUCCUUUCCUCUGGGAAAAGGCCAGUAAAUGCACCUUGAGUUAAGAUUAUUUUAUCAUAGUACAUGUAUUUAUUGUGUUUUAUUAUUAAUGCCAAAGUCUCAAAUGUAAAACAGUUACAUGUAGGACUGGGUAGCAUUUCAGUUAAAUCUAAGUGGCAAUUUUGGCACUUUUGCUGAUGUGAUACUGUUUUGGAACAGAAACCAACCAAGAGCUUUGUGUAAAUAAAAUAUAGUCUUCAACA